GCGGAGGGCAGCAGCAGGGGGGAGAGGGGGGGGGCGGGGGGAGCGGGAAGGGUGGUGGGUGUAGUAAAGAAUUUGAUGAGUGCGGGGAGCCAUUAAUGUCGGGAUCGGGAGCGAACGUGGCCGCAGUUUUGUUUGCGAAUCUUGCGACAAUCUCGUGCAGUCCGUGGUGCUCGACAUUGACGGAGCGUGUCCCGCUGGUCAUCGCAAGGGAUGGAUCAUUUCAGGCGCGGGAGGUCAGGUAUUUUGCAUUCGCGCAGGAUGGGUGCCGAUUAGUAGAAGAGAGGGGGACGUUGAUCAGCACGCGACUUCAAGCAUCCACGUGGCGGUGCACUCUCGAUCCGAUCGCGUCUUCGCGCGUGUUGUCGGAGGUCCGAAGGAGGGUGGGGGGAAAGGCCGCUGGCAAUCGGCGCUGGAGGCCACGUGGCGGACGGCUAGGAGAGGGUAUGGAUCGGGAUGCGGGAAGGGAACUGAUGGAGCAGAGACAUAUGGGGAACGUCGCCCCUGAUUACGAUCGCGAGCAAGUGACUAAUGGCCACGGUCCGGUGCCGCUCUCGGCAUCGUCGAGGACGGGUGUGGCGGAAGAUGGACCGUCGGGAUCCCAGUCGUGGUCGCACUUGCGCAUCGGCUACCAAGGCGUCCCCGGAGCCUACAGCGAGGCGGCCGCUCAACUGGCCUAUCCUGACUGCCAGGCGGUGCCUUGCGAUCAGUUCCAUUUAACGUUUCAAGCCGUAGAGCAGUGGGCCGUGGAUCGUGCCGUCUUGCCCAUCGAGAACUCGUUGGGCGGCAGCAUACAACGGAAUUACGAUCUUUUGUUGCGACACCGACUUCACAUAGUCGGGGAAGUUAAGGUCGACGUGCAUCACUGUCUCCUUGUGCUCCCCGGGGUAAAGAUGGAGGACGUGAAGAAGGUGGUCAGCCAUCCUCAAGCUUUGGUGCAGUGUGAAUGCACUCUGACAUUGCUUCUCGGCGCCGGCAUCGUUAGGGGUGCAGUGGACAACACCGCCGGUGCGGCAAAGCAGGUCGCACAGGACAAACUGCGCGACACCGCUGCCAUUGCUAGCAGCCGUGCGGGGGAGAUCUACGGUCUCGUGGUCUUGGCAGAUGGCAUACAGGAUAAUGCCGACAACAUCACGCGAUUCAUCGCUCUCGCGCGAGAGCCGUUGAUUCCACACAUUGGCGCCCAUUACAAGACCAGUAUCGUGUUCACACUGGAGGAAGGACCUGGCGUUUUGUUCAAGGCGCUAGCGGUGUUCGCCUUGCGAGGGAUCAAUCUCAGCAAGAUCGAGAGCAGGCCGCAACGAAACAGAUCCAUCCGGACAGUGUGGGACCACUUCAAUGGCGACCCAGGCAGCGCGGGGGGGACAGCAUCGGCAGCGGGAGCAGCGGUGAAGGGACGUGGAAAUAGGGCGUUUGAGUACCUUUUCUAUGUGGAUUUCCAGGCGUCCAUGGCUGAGCCGAGGGCGCAGAAUGCUCUGAGGAAUUUGGAGGAAUUGGCGCCGUUUCUGCGAGUACUGGGUACAGGUAAGCGAGUGUUGUGGCGCCRGAAGCGCGCAGAUCACACCCUUGUCGUCUUUGAUGACGACACCGUAGAGAAGUGGCCAUUGGAGGCCGAGGGUGUGUCAGGCGGCAACGGAUCCGGAAAGGGGGAAGUUGUUGCCGCCAUGGUUAAGAAGGGAGGACCAAAACCUAGUGUGAGGAGGAGGCCCCGAUCUUUCCCCGAGCAUCCCGGCAUCGCGGCUGAGAAGCCUUCGGAAAGGAUGGACAUAGACCAAAAGACGUGGCAAAAGCGAAUGGAUAACGCCCAGUGUUUGAAAUGUGGGACCGCAAGGCAUGUGAUAGCCAGGUGUCCGCUUAUACGAAACCCAAAAGUCAGUCACCAGUAGAAGUAACAUCCGCUUCUACUAAGUUGAAGGAUUCAGGAAUAGAGAAAGGUAAGGCGCCUACUAACCCUUUCAAUCCUUCAACUCGCAGGGCAGAGGAUGAUCCUUCUCCAGCCCCUCGUCCAGAUCACCCUGAACUUGUCUUAUGUUCCAUUUUUCUGGACGACUCCCUUGACGAGCUGAGCAACGAGUUGCUAGCACUGCGAAGCUCGUGGGCUAAGAAAGCAAAGUCUAAGGGUGAAUUAGUACUCGCUGAUAUAGAAAUCGCACACGUACGCGCAGGUGCACUGUUAGAUUCAGGAUCUACACGAUCCUAUAUUUCCGAGAAGUCUAUCAAAAAGCUACAUCUCGGAAUGAAGGUAAAAGACUUGU